AUGGAGCACCAACCAGUUGCUAACCAGUUCUGGUACCCCUGGAGGGAAAUGCCUCUCAACCAACUGCUUAAUCUUGAUCCAAGCGCAGAGAAUCAAGAUAGGAGUGAUGAGGACCUCUCUAUCUUGAAUCAAAGUAAUGAUACUCGUAUCAUACAUGAACGAAAUGAAGCAACAGCCGACCCCAAUGAGCAACCCGAGCCACAGGUCACAAUUCCACUCUCAGGUGGUACGCACGAUGUAGUAGAAACUGCCAAGAUCGAGCAUGUUAUUUCGCUCCCAGAAUACCCACAAACCCAUGAUCUUGGCUAUGCAUAUGUGGUCAACCUCCGAGGACUAUCGUAUGAGCAAGCAUCUCAGGUUCUCACUUCAAUACAGUACUCCUACGCUAAAGUUGGGACCGAAACAGUUGCGUUUAAUCCAUUCCUUGGUUGCAAGACUAGGAAACGAAGGUUAAAAUGCACUGGGGUUUCUAUCUGCACCUUCGCACAUCCGUUAAUUAUGUCUUCGCAACAUUACCUUGCUGAUGAAGAUCUAUUCACAUCGCUUUCAGAGACCCGGCGGCGAAUCAAGCAAGAAGAUAGCCUGACUUUGCAGCAAAAGGCUAGCAUGAGCUUCUACCAGGUCCAUCAGGAGAGGUUUCACAUGAAAACUGCAUGUAAAAACUCUAUAGACAGCUGUAAGCUAGUCUAUGGGACCUACCAUGAACCAACCAUUGAUGGGAUCCAUCAUCCCUUCCUCGCAUGCAGUAAUCGCACCCUUGAAAAUAGGACUCUGCACUUCCAUCGAAGCCUAAUAGGGAAAGAGACCUCUCUAGAUAUUAGAUACCUCCAGUAUCUAGUAGAUGGAAAUAUACCCUCAAGCUUUGACCACUGCGGUGUGGUUGAGCCGCGCUCUACGCGGCGUAAGGACUGCGGUAUUAUGCACCCUCAAGGGCAGGCGUCGUUCCUACAAAGCCCAGCUCUUCGUGAAUACUGCCAGGAGAGAAAAUGCAUGACACUCUCUCAGAUCCAUAAAAGCUUCGUGAAUAUGGACCGUUUUCGAGCCGUUCUCACUAAACAACGUGCCUUUCGAUACCCCAAGGGUAGAGAUAUUGCAGGUAUUCAACAUGAACUUCACCGUGAUCCAACUUUGCAGUCAUAUAUACGGGAGGUCUAUGAUAAUGAGUAUGGUCUUUUCGUCUUCUGCGCUCUUGAAGCCCAAAUUCGAUAUUUAGCCUCACUUGACUCAUUUGAGGUGGAUAUGUCGUAUAAACGGGUUAAAGGCGACGUCAUCGAAGUAAUAUUCGCAACCCUUAUACAGGAGCAUGGCAAGAUCUUUACUCUAUUCCGCGUCUUCACAGAUCAAGAGUCACCAAAUGCUUAUGAGUUUAUCUUUAGCCGAGUAUUCUACUUGAUCCAGAAGAUUACGAACGAAUCAGUCUCGGGCAGCACCUCCAGAGAAUAG